AUGUCCCAUUUGGGGGCGGGGCUUUCCAUAAUCAGGAAGUAUGACGUAACAUUUAUUUUGGAAAAUCGAAGUCGAGCCAGAGGUGACGGAAAAAUGGAGCAAAACGUUCCGGAUUAUAAGCUGAUAUUUGAGAAGGAGGGAGUGUACCUCCACACAAAUGCCAAGCGGAGUAACCAGGACACAACUAUCCCAGGGUUCAUCCGCAUUGUGGAACGGGCCGGUGUGCCAGCUUUAGAGUGGAGCCCGCUAGAGGAUGAGGGUCGCAGUGCCCCUGCUGUACUCUAUACCAAAAAGGAUGGAGAAGGAGGGGAGGAGGAUACGAACUUUGACCCCGGGUAUGAGCCAGACUGGGCAGUUAUCAGCACAGUGAAGAAAGAUCGAGAACACGUCCCAGUCAAAGACUCAGGUCAGUGGUCGUUCUCUCUGCCUCUCUCGGAGCUAUACUCUCUUCGGAGGGCUCGGUUCUCUUUGGGGCGAAACUUCCUGGUGCUGACUAGCCGAGGGGGCCACCCACUGCCUGCUCUGCACUUCCACAGAGGAGGAACCAGGGAGCUGUUUAGGGCCCUGCACCGUUACAUCAUCUUGGACCAGUCACCGGUUGACGGGCGGCUCUUCCUUGCCUACCCUCAGGACCCAGGCGCGCUCUCUCAGUCCUUCGAUAAGCUGCAGCUCCUCGAUGAUGGAGGCUCCGAUCUUGUUUCGAGAUUUAUCCAGGACCCAUACGCCACUACAUUUGGUGGAUUCUCCAAAGUCACCAAUUUCUUCAAGGCGGCACUUCGACCUCCAGGGUCGCCCGCCCACCUACGUAAUGCUCAGGAUCCUAAUUUGCCCCACCAGUCCGAUGACGAGCCCGGCUUCGAACUCAUCAACUGUGGGGUAGAGCUUGGUCCCAGACCAAACGUAACCAGGGGACAACCGCUGAACAAAUGGGACGAGUUUCUGGACCCAGAGGGGCGAGUGAAGAACCCAGAGAAGAUCAGAGAGCUCGUAUUCAGAGGGGGUGUCACACCCUCCCUGAGGAAGGAGGUGUGGAAGUUCCUCCUGGGCUUUUAUCCGUGGAACAGCACUUUCAAGGAAAGAGAGGACAUUCUGCGCUACAAAACGGACGAGUACUUCAGAAUGAAGGUGCAGUGGAAGUCGGUCAGUGAAGAGCAGGAAAUGAGGAACUCCCUCCUCAGAGGAUACAGAAGCCUGAUAGAGAGAGAUGUCAGCAGAACAGACCGACACAAUACGUUCUUCUCUGGUAACGAUAAUCCAGGACUGACUCUACUGCACGAUGUGCUGAUGACAUACUGCAUGUACAACUUUGAUCUUGGUUAUGUCCAGGGGAUGAGUGACCUCCUUUCUCCUCUCCUGUUCAUCACCCAGAACGAGGUGGAGUCCUUCUGGUGUCUGACAGGCUUCAUGGAGCUGGUGCACCAGAACUUUGAAGAGUCUCAGGAGGCCAUGAAGCAGCAGCUCCUUCAGCUCAGUAUCCUGCUGAAGGCUCUGGACCCGGAGCUAUGUGACUUCCUGGACUCUCAGGACAGCGGCUCUCUGUGCUUCUGUUUCCGCUGGCUGCUCAUCUGGUUCAAGAGAGAGUUUUCCUUUGAGGACAUCCUUAUCAUGUGGGAGGUCCUCUGGAGUCGUCUGCCAUGUGACAACUUCCACCUGCUGAUCGCCUGUUCAAUCCUGGAGUCCCAGAGAGGAGAGCUGAUCGGCUCAGACCACGACUUUAACACUAUUCUCAAGCACAUUAAUGAGCUGACGAUGAAGUUGGACCUGCAGACUGUUCUGGAAGGAGCAGAGGCCAUCUACCUACAGCUGACUCAGUGCAAGGAGAUUCCCCUGAAAGUGCUGCAGGUCCUGGGUCUCUACGUCCCCUCCAGCUCCGAGGAGGACAGCCCAGACUCCCAGGCCAGUGAGACACAACGCCUCCUCUGCGAGUCCCAGGCAGGAGCUGCUGCCUCUGAUUCAGCAUGCGUUCCCACCUCUCCUUAAAUGUGCAGAUCAGCUGGUGGACUGAUGUAUGGACGAUCUUUAUAUAUGAAGAAAGAGAUAUAUAUAAAUAUAGACUGUAUAUGAUCAAAUGAGAAGGAAUGCAGACUGUUUGGUGAAGACUGUUGUUACUAUUUGUCAGAGGCAGGGGGCGGUGUUGAGGUUUUUUUUUCGUUUAAAGUACCCAUGAGUGUUACAGUUUAAGAUGUUCUAGAAACACUAUAGCCUUACCUGCAGUGCUCCUUUUCUUUGUGUAUGUCGCCACUUGUUUACAUGUCCUAUGUCUUUGCUAAAGAGUACUGCCCUCCUUUCUUACUCUCCGUGCUGCUCUUUUACCUUUUCACAAGUUAUUUAAUAAUCAUCUGUGCUUGUCCUCUCAGUGCGUUUUAUUAUGCGUCCCCUUGCCACUGCUCCUUUUACAAAGGGAAGAAGAUGAAGGAUAAACUCACUGGCAGCACCUUGUUAGUACUGUACGAUGCCAUUCCAGCCCUAUGCAAACUUUAUUGCAUGCCUUAUAGUUUUCACACGUGUGGCGUGGUAAUAUUUUAAGCCUUGUAAUUAUCUACAUGAAGUCAUAAUGUUUUCAUCUGCUGAUUAUUUCCAAAUAAAUGGUUGAAUCUUAA